CUCAGUAAGAACAGCUCGCGUCUCUGGCAUGGCAACAUAAACUCCAGCCCAUCACCCAGCGAGCAGCACCAAAGUCUUCAGCCUGAGGAACAGCAGCUUCCUGGCAGUGAUGGGUGCCUGCCUUCGCCCCUUGGAGGGUAAGAACUGGCUGGGGGUUUUGAGGAAGGGCCCUGGGUGAAAAUGCAAAGGUGCUUCUGGUGGGUCAAGGUCCCCUGCGCUGCAGAGUCAGGUGAUGGAGGACCCAUCAGGUCUGGGACUGGUUUCACAGCGAGCAUAACUGAAGAACUCUCCCGCAGCCCUUGCUGCUCAUUAUGCUCAAAGGCUAUGGCUGAGGUCAGGAUCUGUGUCAGGGAAGAGCUCUGGAAAAUUUUUUCCUUUCCAGGGCGCAGUUAUAAGGAAAAUGUUCAAAAGAACAAGUGUGCCUCUGAAUGUACGCAUCACUGUGCGCAUCUCCCUCAGCACUGAGGAAUUAAUGUAUGGAAUUCACUGCCACAAGAUGUGGUGGCAGCCACUGAACUACAGUGUUUUUUUAAAAAUUGAUGUUGGUUUAUAUAUAUUAGCAACUAUGCUUUAAUAUUUUGUAAUAUUUUGUUUAAAUUGUCUGUUGUUGCUUCAGUUUUCUGUACACUGCUUAGAGAUCAUUUAAAUAUAUUAAGUGGUAAAGGAAUUAAAUAAUCAGUCAAUCAUGUGUACUCCAUUAUGUAAAGACAUCUGAGCUGGCUGCUCCGAGCCCUUUUUGCAAAUUUUCACCACUUUGAAACUAACCUAAGUUUUGCUGCCUGUGAUUUCUUAAUGCUGUAUGGAAAAGCACAUGAAACUGACCUUUGAAGAGUUUGUAAAUAAGCCAUUUUAAACUUACCAAAUGUCUGGUCUUUUUCUAUGUUAAGUCGAAGAGGGAACUUGGGAAGGAAUAUUUUAAAGGUCUAACAGCUUAUAUUUCCACGCUUUACUUCGCUGCAGGUUUUGUGUCUACUGGGGUUCUCUCACCCUGAAACCUGAAUCUUGGCAUCCAGUGAAAUUUUUUAUACAUCAUUUUUCCUCUCUCAAUCAACAUAUAUUAAAUGUUUAUGGGGAUGGUGUGUGGGUGGUUUUGGAGGUUGUUGUAUGAUAAAAAUUCUCCAAAAGUCAAUAGUGAACAAAGCAUGCCAUUCAUUGCUCCUCUGCCAAAAUUUCUACUUUGAAUGGUCUCCAAGACCACAUUUAUUUUCUCACUGAAACUCAUGAUAAGAACUUAAUCAUGAAUGUUCUUUGAGUCUAGUGUAGCAGAGUGUUCUUCUAAUGGAGAGCAGGGGCUUUGAGCUGGGAAGCCUCUUGUUUGGACCUUACUUUAGGCAUAUCAUGUGGGUUCUUGGUGGCCCCAGCAGGAGGCUCCCCGGCAAGACCCCCCCACUGGGCACCAGCACUACAGCCUUUUCCCAGGCAUUUUCAUAGAAUCAUAGAGUUGGAAGAGACCACAAGGGCCAUCGAGUCCAACCCCCUGCCAAGCAGGAAACACCAUCAGAGCACUCCUGACAUAUGGUUGUCAAGCCUCUGCUUAAAGACCUCCAAAGAAGGAGACUCCACCACACUCCUUGGCAGCAAAUUCCACUGUCGAACAGCUCUUACUGUCAGGAAGUUCUUCCUAAUGUUUAGGUGGAAUCUUCUUUCUUGUAGUUUCGAUCCAUUGCUCCGUGUCCGCUUCUCUGGAGCAGCAGAAAACAACCUUUCUCCCUCCUCUAUGUGACAUCCUUUUAUAUAUUUGAACAUGGCUAUCAUAUCACCCCUUAACCUCCUCUUCUCCAGGCUAAACAUGCCCAGCUCUCUUAGUCGUUCCUCAUAAGGCAUCGUUUCCAGGCCUUUGACCAUUUUGGUUGCCCUCCUCUGGACACGUUCCAGUUUGUCAGUGUCCUUCUUGAACUGUGGUGCCCAGAACUGGACACAGUACUCCAGGUGAGGUCUGACCAGAGCAGAAUACAGUGGCACUAUUACUUCCCUUGAUCUAGAUGCUAUACUCCUAUUGAUGCAGCCCAGAAUUGCAUUGGCUUUUUUAGCUGCCGCGUCACACUGUUGGCUCAUGUCAAGUUUGUGGUCAACCAAGACUCCUAGAUCCUUUUCACAUGUACUGCUCUCAAGCCAGGUGUCGUGAUUGAGAGCAGUACAUACGUGAUUGGCUGUUUCUUAUUCACCACCAAUUUAUGGUUCGUUUUGGUUAACUAAUUAUAGUGUUAACUUUGCUAAUUUUUACGGGGCACAGUGAUUUAAGGAAAAGAUGAAUAAAUUGGUGCUUUGGGCUUUAAAAACCUCCUGGUAGUGUGCUAUAUGGGAGAUUUUAUGCAUGAGCUGGAUACAGAAUGAGCUGUUGUUUAAGACUGUUGGUAAAUGGAUAUUUUAUACAUGAAGAGGAUACUGAUAUCUACUUUGGACUUUUAUAUGUGCUUGCUGUCAGUUUCUGAGGUUGCAAGAGACACCAUAGCUGACAGCAGCCUCUAAGAAGCUUUAACCUCUGGCCAAAGUUGCUAAGCCUCCACCUCAGCCAAAUUCACUCACAAGCCAGCCCAACUACUGGGUGUAAUCUGCCUCUGACCCCCAAAGCUCCUCGGGUUAUACUUCUGGCUGCUUGGACAGUUUAGUUGAUUUUAGAAACCUGCUUGCCCAGGCUGUUCUGGUAAGCCCUCCUUAGAUAGGGAGCUACUGGCUCCCUUCUGAUCUUCACCAGCAAAACGUUAACCCACUAAGGAUGAAUUUGCUUAAUACUCAGGUCUCAUCUAUCCAUUUUCACCCCAGUUUUCUGUGGUCUCCCAACAGUUAACUCCCAACUGACAUUUCCAACUGGCAGCCAAACAGAGUCCAUUGUUUCACAGACCAAUAAAGAUGAAUUUUCUUAACCCAGUCUCCUAUAAAUAUUAAAAAAGCAAUAAUCUCCUCUCCCCACCUGUGAAACAGGCCUGCAACCCAGUAAUAGCACAAGGUCUCAAACUUUUACAUUUUCACCCAGACAAAGUAACACCCCAGAAAUCUUUUCCAAACCACAAAGCAUAGACAGAGUGACAUGCACAAAGCAUUUCCUCAGAGAGCUCAAGGCGGCUCACCCUCGCCCUCUCCAUUUUCCCCUCCGCAAUCCCAUGAGGCGGAUUGGCCUGAGAGAUGGUGCCUGAGCCACAUUCAUCCAGCUUGCUUCAUGAUUAAGCGGGAAUUUGAACCCUGCUCAACUUUUAGUUUUCUUUUAAAGAAAUAUUUUUACCAGCUCCACUCUGGCUCUCCAAGAUGAUAACAAGUGAAUUUACCGCACAUGUAAAUAAAACAUUACUGUGUUAAUUUAUUCACAGAUCACUGGCCACAUAUAACAAUCUACUGAAUGUCAAACACCUAAGAUCAUUUAAAGAGAAAGAGUCAGAAAACAAUUAUAGAUUGUCUAAGGAAAAGGCAAUAUGCAGAAAUAUUUUUCUUCAAGGUUCAGGAUUUCUCCUUCUGUCCCUCUGCAACCUGUCAUUUCAGUGCACCCAGUGACCCCUCUCAGAACAAUAAAGGAUUGUGGCCAUGAUGCUCUGAUAACAGUAACCGCCAACUGCUCAAAUGACAUCCGGGAUCAGGGAAUGAAAGAGAAGCUGUUUUCUUUGUAAACUGUAGCCCAUUUUCACAUACAGUUUAGCUCUCACACACAGAAACACACAGACACACAAAAGCAAACCACCCUCAUGGAGGUGGUUAGGCAGAGCAAUGGUGGCAGGAUCAAUGAAACUUCACUCUAAACUGGUUGAAUGGAUUUUAUGUGUGAGGAGGCAAGCAUAGGCUCAUCGGAUGAGGCCAGAUGAUCAUGAAAUGGACUUUAUGCCUACAUGAUUUUAGGGGUAUACAAAGUUCAGGGCCUUUUUUCAGUCAGAACAUGCCAGAACUCAGUUCCGGCACCUCUCAGGUGAGCGCCAUUGCCAUUAUAACGGAACAAGGGAGGUGUUCCAUAGUGAGUUCCAGCACCUCUUUUUCUUAAAAAAAAAUAGCACUGACAAAGUUGCUAUCUAAGCUUGGAGCUUAUUUAUCUAUACAAAAUAUUUCUGUACCACGAUAGGCGGCAGGAGUUCAGCUGGGAGCCAGUUGUGGGGGUGCCUGGUUGUGCCCCUCUCAGGAUUUUGCACCCAGGGCCACCGCCCCCCAGCUACGCCACUGCACACAGUUUACCAGUGCCUGUGAAUUAAAUGCAUUAACAUUAACCUGAGACAUUUGGAGUCCAGUUGUCCUAUAGUAGCAUAUAAUUGAUCAACUUUUUGUACUUGAUAUAUUUUGGCAUAGCUGAAUCCAGUUUAAUAAACUGGAGUAUUUAUGUUCUAUAUAUACCUGAUGUAAAACUUCAGCGUCUAUAGGGAAGUUAUUUUUGCAAAUGAUAUUUCUAGUUGCUUAAACAAAAAACCACAAACCUGCCUAUGGGUCAGUCAUUAGAAGAACUGUUGCCUCUUGUAGCCUGAGGGGUUUCAGUUUCCUACGCAGGAGAUGUUACUACAGUAUGAUAAAUGGAAAGCAAACCCAACCAGAUCUGUUUGUGGCCUCUGCACAUCUUGUGACACCUAGUGGUGGUCUCAUAUUUUGCGGGAUCUUGAGCCACAUGCUAAGCCUGCUUCUUUGCGGUAGAUAAAGUCAGAGCAGAACAUGGGUGUCAUUAUUAAAAGCACAGUGUGUAUGUAGCAUUGGGCACAGAAUUCCACUUCCUGAGAAUCCUGCCAUGAUGACUGUGGAGAUGAGCGGCGCUUCUCAGAAUUCCUGUUAAUGACGCCAUGAGACCUUUUGCAAGGAAAGUGCAUGCUAAACUGUAGCAUGCACCCGUAUAAUUUUAUUCAUCAUGGUGUCUCUUAUUGUUAAGUUGUGGGUGAACAUAUCAGACGACACAGCGAUUCUUCAAACAGCUCUUGUUUAUUCACAGGCCAGAACAGAACUGAACUGAAGGGUUCAGCCAGCCUGCUUAUAUAGAGCUCCACUAGAACGCAACAGUAACCAUUUUCUGUAACUAUCCAAUCACUGAACGUCACCUUCGAUCCCUUAUUUGCAUAUGUGGACCUGAACUAUCUACAGUAUCCCCCUGCUGACCCAGGGUGAGAACUUCAGUACAUAACACUUAUGUCUCCCACAGGUCCAGAUGGCGCAAGCCAGCCUCCCAGUGAUCCCCUCUUUUUCCACCCUUACCUCAAAGGCUCCCAGGUCAUCAUGGACGAGUCCCACUGCAUAGCGAGCAGAGCAGCCACGUUCUGCAACGGCAUUGUCUUCUCCAGCCGGCCUAUUGAACUUUAUGAGAAGGUGACUUUGAAAAUCUUAAAGGAAGAGAGCAGGUGGUGUGGAGGCCUAAGGGUGGGCUUCACUUGGGAGGAUCCGUCCCUCGUUGAGCCCAGUGUGCUGCCUCCGUAUUCUUGCCCAGACCUGGUAAAGCAAGGGAAGUGUCGUGCAGCUGUCGUACCAGAAGAAUAUGAAGCAGAAGGCACCAUUGUCAGCUUCUGGGUGGACAACCAAGGUUCUGUUUUCUGCAGCACCAAUGAGAAGUCAGAAGGUUUCCUGUUGGCAGAUGGCGUCUUGGUCACAAGGCCUCUCUGGGCUGUUGUGGACAUCUAUGGAAGGACCAAGGCAGUCCAGCUUUUGGGUAAGCAACUGAAGCAUCUAAACUCAGGGGUGGGGGAAUCUUGUUCAGCAUGAGGGCCACAUUCCCUCACAGGCAGCCUUCUGGGGACCACAGGCUGGUAAUGAGUUGGACCAGAAGCAAAAAGUGGGUGGGGUAAUAGUUGUGACUGUUUCCAUGCAGCAGCCUACAUCUCAGCCAUACAAAAGAUUUCUCUACCCACCCUUCUCUCCACCCAUUAUCGCUGUUGAAAUAUGCUUUCCAGCUGGGGAAAGCCCUUGAGCAUGGUGUGUGGUGUGGCCUGGCAAGAAGGCAGGGCUGUUGAUGGGUGAAGGCUGCACUUGAGAGGCAGCAUCCUAAAGUCUCUCUCGUUCCCUUCCAGGUCCCUCCAGCCUACCAACCAAUGCUGAUGGGCUCAGCCUUCUUCAACAGAGUGGUGAGUAUCUGGAAAAGCUGCGAGUUGCCCUCAAUUUCCUCUCAUUAUUUUCUUUUAGCCCAGGAAACCAUCCCAGAAACAAGCUCUCCCAGGGCACUUCACUACCCAGUGCAAAUUUCACUUUUAUUGUUUUGUUUUUUGUUUUGAAAAAAACUGGCUUCAAUGGAGCUGUAAUUUUGUAUUUUAUACUUUGUAUUUUGUCUUAUUGGUCCACUGACCAUUAAACAUCUAACUGACAAAAUAGAUACAACAAAAAGACACCAUACAUUUUUGUUUUUCUCUCACAAGGGCACAGACCCUGCAGAGGCCACCUUUGGAACUCCCUGUCACAGUGGUUUUCAACCUUUUUGAGUCCACAGCUCCCUUAACCAACCAUAUUCACUGGGGUUCCGUUACAGGGUGUGCAUAAGUGGGAAUUUGCCCAUUCCGCCCUGCCCCUUGUCAGCGCCCUUUUUGUCGUCCUUGUAAGUGGGAGCGCACUGCUCUGCAGGGCCGAGCUGACGCACUCCAUGUGGCAGCCACAGCCUACCUUCCCCCAAAUCAGCGCACACAUGGUGUGGUGGGGAGUGGAGAGGGAAAAUGAGAUUAAGAUCCAAAGUAGAAAUACUAUGUUAUUGCAGGGAAGGAAUAGCACACAUGCAGACAUGGUCCUUCCCUGACACAUUCUCCCUGUCCCCAUAAAGCUGGAUGACUGUUAAAGAUCAGGGGGGUUGGCUGGGGGGUGAGGUGGAGAAGAAGAGGGGGGCAGGAUGUUGGGGGAAGCAGGACAGGGAAACACAGAAGACACUCCUCACUUUCAGGGUUAUUUUUGAAUCCCUCCUUACAGAGCACGCACGUGUCUAGGAACACAAACCAUAAUGUUACUUUGCUAUUUUCUUGCAUUUUUCAAGCCCCCUGUGUAAAACUAAGGAACUGUUAGUUAUUCAGCCGGGAAGGGGUUUUGUUUGUCUGUGUGGGGGGGAGAUAUUAAGAAAAAGUGUUUCCCCACUUUCUUACUGCUGUCUUAUUUUGGGAAGAAAAUGGGCUGCAAGUUAAAGCUGUCUGCUCCUCUGAAUGUUCCUCAGAGAAAGGCAGAGAGAUAUAGACUGCAAGCUAAUGAAGGGGUGGUCCCUCAGGGCUCCCCUCAACAUUUCUCAAGUCACCCCAGGGUGCCACAGCACACUGGUUAAAAACCAGUGCUCAAUCAUAUAAAGACAUUGGGAUGAGCCAACUACGGGUGGAGGAUAAAUUCUGUUCAGUUCACAGUUUAUCGUAAAUCUACCCAAUUCACACUUCCUGAAACAACAGGGGAGUCAGUGCACAGCUACCCUUCAAAAUUUGUGCUGGUCUCCAACCUCCAAAAAAGUGUUUAAAAUGCACAAGCCACUCACCAACCCCCACCAGCUCCCCCUGGACUCACUCACUCCAGUCCAGUAGCUGAAUCAGGAACAAAUUAAUUAUUAUUAAUAAAUGCAGCUGAAAACAAGAUAGCAGUGUGGACAGUGAGUGCAAGCGAGGCAAAGUACUGUCAAAACUUUGUCUCUCUAGCAACAUUCCCUCCAUCCUCAGAGAACACAAAUAGCAUGUGAUAAGUCCAAAGGCUACUGCUGCUUCCCUACCUGGCUAGGCUAGGCUCCUUGUGCACAAAAAGAGGCUCCCAUGGGCAUGUGCAGAGUGCCAUUCCCUCCCCCAUUGGGUAAAGGGUAGUCAGUGGCGGGAGAGCCAAGCAGGCAGAGCAGAGGCGCAGGCAGAGCUUGUUCUUCUGCUCAUUUCUGGCUGCUGACAUUCUGAUCACCCCCUACUGGUGCUCAUCUAGUACAGAGAGAAAAGUUGGUGAGUUCUCAGGACUCAUUAUUAUUUUUAAAAAAUUGCAAACUGAUGUGGAAACAUGACAAACUGAAGCUAAGCUUGCGAAACCAAAAUUGACCGACUUGUCCAUAUUAAAGCCUGCUCAUCCCCCCCCCCCUUUGUGGUUAAAUAGCAUAAGUAGGAAGAAGAGUGUGCUGAAGAAGCAUUUCUAUGUUUCUUAUUCCGUGUCUUUUGUAUGAAAUACAGAGUCCACCUGUGGGGAUUUCCAUGCCUUUCCUGAGGAAUGUGCUGUAUGCUUCGGGCAAAAAGCCAACACCAUGAUGCUUCCUUGCUCUCAUGCCAACUUCUGCUCCCACUGCUCCCUGAAAAUUUUCCAUACCACCAGUCGCUGCCCAUUGUGCCGGCAGGAAGUGAAGAAAAUUAUUCCCAUCUCUGUUUUGGCAGAAGGAGAGAGCCCAGAAGUCUGGCCAGAAUAAGCAAGGAAUAGCCAGCCCCUGUGGUGACAAAAGUAUGCACUAUCAAAGCUCCUGAAAUAUUUCAAAUCUUGAUGGGAACCCGCCGAGGUGGAGAAGACAAAGGCUGACUUUAAAGAGAGAUGCACAAGGAAGAGAUCACUGUGGCAGAAAAGAUGGGCUGCUGAGAUCUUUCUCACUCUCUCCAUGGCCCGAGAGGGAGGUGUAUAAAAAUGACUCUCCAUAAUAAGACACUUUUGCCUUUAAAAAGCAGAGAACCAUGGUGCUAGAUUUAGAACAGUGACAUCUAAAUUCAACAGUAGGACUGAAACAUGUUAAGGAGGAAGUGAGGGAUCAAGCAGAUGCUGAAAAUAUCCAAAGUGGGAGUGGAGACUGUGCUGGGAGCAAAGUGAAGAAUACCCUUUAUUAGCCACCCAUUUCAGCAGUAAUUUUCUCUCCCAAGCAGUAUCAGUGUUACAGUUUAACCAAAGCCAUUGUAAACUGCUUUUCAUGCACACCUUAAUCUUAUCUCACAGCCAUGCAAAAAGUGUUUGUCUUUUAGGCUGUUAGAGAGGAACAAGCAGAUGGUAGGUAAGCCAAGGCAGGUGCAAAGUUUAUGUCCAUUGAGAGAGAUACUCUCCAAACAGGGCAAAAUGGAUGGAGUCUUCAAGGAGCAGGAGAAACACAACUCUAUCAUGAACAGAACAAAUGAUAGGAGUCAAAAGUGUUGGGAAGCUGGUUAGGAGAUUCCAAAAGGGGCAGGGUCACAUGGGCAGUAGGAGGAGCAUAAAGCAGCCUUCUGCUCUCCAGAUGUUUUGUAGUGCAAUGCCCAUCAAGCCAAGGGGUGGCUGGGGCUGGUGAGGCUGUAGAGUUGUCUGGAGGGCACCAGGUUGGAGAAGCCUUGCAGAAUCCAUUAUAUCAGCAGAGGAACAGGAAGCCCUGAGAAGCCUGCUGUCUUUCCUGCUGUUUCGUGGAAUGGGAAAUUCCCAUUCCAGAAAGAGGCCCAAGACCUCAUCAUUCGAGUAGGAAACACAGGGGUGAUUCUGUUGUGCUUUAUUCAUUUGAGAUCAGUCUACCCAUUUUGCCCCAGGAGAGACCAUGGAAAUAGCAAGGUUAAUUCACCUUGUCGAGAGCAAAGGGGGUGGGAGCAGGGAUGAGAGAACCACGUGGACAAUGAAUGUGGCUACAGGUUUCCAGGUUUUUUCUGGCCCUGCUCUUGUGCCUUUAACAAGUUUGAAAUGCAGAAAACCAGCAGGUUAACCUUUUCCUAUUGAUAAAAGAAAUGAUGGGCCAAACAUUUAUUGUUGUUAGCCGCCCUGAGCCCAGCUUCGGCUGGGGAGGGCGGGAUAUAAAUAAAAUUUAUUAUUAUAUUAUUAUUAUUUGCUAAAUUUCUGUCAGCCUAUUUUUAUAGACGGGGACACGGGUGGCACUGUGGUCUAAACCACUGAGCCUAGGGCUUGCCGAUCAGAAGGUCGGCGGUUCGAAUCCCCAUGAUGGGGUGAGCUCCCGUUGCCCGGUCCCUGUUCCUGCCAACCUAGCAGUUCAAAAGCACGUCAUGUGCAAGUAGAUAAAUAGGUACCGCUCCGGCGGGAAGGGAAACGGUGUUUCCGUGUGCUGCUCUAGUUCACCAGAAGCUGGCCACAUGACCCGGAAGCUGUACGCCAGCUCCCUCGGCCAAUAAAACGAGAUGAGCGCCGCAACCCCAGAGUCGGUCACGACUGGACCUAAUGGUCAGGGGUCCCUUUACCUUUACUACUUUUAUAGACAGGUAUAGAACAAAGUCACCUCACCAGCUUGUUGUUUCUUGUUGUUUUAAGCCUUACGUUCAGUGACAAGCCAAGGUGCCAACUUUUUAAACUAUUAGUUUUGUCAUCCAACUCUGUCCUUGAGACAAUACAUUAGGCCAACCAAAAGGUCACUAAAUCCUGAAAACCCAGAAGCUUGCACACGAACUCUUCAUCAGGCUAGAUGGGAGUGGUGGAGGGGAGAGUCCCGAGAGGCUGAAGAGAGAAAACUUUGUUGGCCAACGGUGAGGCUGUGAAGCCUGCAAAGCAGGGAAAGGUAACACGUUCCAGUGAGGCAGUUUGAGUGAUCAUGCAGGUAUCAGACAAUAACUAACAAUGCUUGAUUACCUGUCUGAAAAUACAAGAACUGUUUCAUAUCCAGGGCUAUCUGCAUCUGUUAGCUGCUAUUAUUCCGCAGGUACUACUGGUUUUCAUCAUUCCACUUUAUGUAUUUGUUUUUAUAUAUUUUUCUAUGCCUUUGUAAACUAUUUUCCUUUAUAUAAUAAAAACAUUUUCUAU